GCCUUAACCCUAACGAGGAAACAAACCUCUGUUCUCCCGUCUCUGGACGUUUACGUGCGUAACGUAAUCUGCCGCCAUCUCUCUCCGCCCUUAACAGAGUCAGUCCUCCGACGCCCUACUGUGCCACGUUUCUCAUUUGAAGUUCUUCGAUCGGAGGCAGAAUCCGAGCUCUCUCCCUCCUGCGCCUGUGCAAGCAGAACUGCUGGAGGAGAGAGAAGAAAAUAAACCAAUGGCGGACGUACCCAUCCCGGAGUCGGUUAUGGAAUCAGUUUACAGGACGCAGACCAAUCUGGAGGAGCUCAGAACGAACAUGACCCAGUUCUUGGCCACCUGUGACGUCGAUGUUCUCGCGGAGCUAACCCCUCUCCAACGCGCCAAUGCGUUUCUCACCCUCGCCAAAGCCAUCAGCACCCUUGUUUCCUUGAAUUUGAGGUGUAAUGGCGUGAAUCCGGAAGACCACCCUGUAAAAUCAGAGCUCGAAAGAGUGAGCCUCUACGAGGAUAAACUGGAAAGACUUGUGGAAUAUAAUAAAGGACCAUCACGCCCAUCAACAACCAUUAAUCACCAAGCUGCAACUCGGGUUAUUGGACACUCUUUACCUGAUCUUACGCCAGACCAAAAGCAGAGCUUACUCCAAAUCAGUAGAGCCGAUGGACAUAAAAGUAGAACAGAUGAAAACAGGAGGGCUCGUAAGAAGAGGAAGCAUCAUUCAACUGAAAAGCAGUCAAUAAGAGCUGCCGCUCAAGAGUUUCUUGAGAAGGCGAAGAGAGAACUUCUUGGAGAGGAGCGUAGCUUUCAGGGACCUUUGCAUGGUAUAAGUUCCGAUGAUGAGGAGGGGAAAGAGAACUGAUGAUAUUAUGUAAGAUGUUAAUUUAAGGCUGGCGUCUCAUCAAGGAAAGAUACAGUCAUUCCUUUGCUUGCAAUCAUCAAAUUUUUUACAGCUUUGCCAUUCAGUUAUUCUUGCAAAUUGAUCAUUUUUUGUUCUGUGCAAGUAGCAAAUUUGACAGUACAUAUUGAAGAAAAAUGCAUUGUAAUUGAUAUAUGUUCUUAUUAUAGAAGUCACUGUCACCAGUAGUUUUAAGACCUA